GGACAGCAGCAGCACUAGCACCGGCGGCGCAGACUCUCGCUAUGGCACAGACUCACCUGCAGGGAGUGGAGAUCUCAGCGGCUCAGUUUCUGGAAAUCUGGCGUCAUUACGAUACAGAUGGCAAUGGCUUCAUUGAAGGCAAAGAACUGCAGGACUUUAUACUGGAGCUCCAGCAAGCCAGGAAGAAGGCAGGGCUGGAUUUAUCAGAGCAAAUGAAAGCCUUUGUGGAUCAGUAUGGACAAAGCAGCGAUGGAAAGAUUGGAAUAGCAGAGCUGGCUCAGAUCUUACCCACCGAAGAGAACUUCUUGUUGUUCUUUAGGCAGCAGUUGAAGUCAAGCGAGGAGUUCAUGCAGUCAUGGAGAAGAUAUGAUACUGAUCACAGUGGCUUUAUAGAGACGGAUGAACUGAAGAGCUUCCUUAAAGACUUGCUAAAGAAGGCAAACAAACCCUGUGAAGAGUCAAAGUUAGAAGAAUACACACAUACCAUGCUGAGGAUGUUUGAUACCAAUAACGAUGGAAAACUGGGCCUUACAGAACUGUCAAUGUUACUUCCCGUGCAAGAGAAUUUCCUUCUAAAAUUCCAGGGUGUCAAAAUGUGUGGAAAAGAAUUCAAUAAAGUGUUUGAGUUAUAUGAUAAGGACGGCAACGGCCAUAUGGAUGAAAAUGAACUGGACGACUUGCUGAAAGAUCUCUGCGAGAAGAAUAAAAAGGACCUGGACAUUAACAGCCUUUCAACGUACAAGAAGAGUAUCAUGGCCUUGUCGGACGGGGGGAAACUUUACCGGGCGGAAUUGGCGCUGGUACUUUGUGCGGAUGAAAACUAACAGCUCGGGAUCCUCCCUACACUUAAACUGAUCUACUGUGCACUAUGAACAUAAUAGGCUCUAACUUAGUUCUUUUUCUAUCUAACUGCAUAUAGAGCAAGUAUAGUCAACCAGCUACUCUCCUGCUGCUGAACUACACUUCCCAGAAACCUUUAUCCGUACUGGGAGUUAAAGGGACACUAUCGUCAGAAAUAAAGUGUGUUACUUGUGCCUGGAUAAAAUGUGCGUCAUGUUAGUAAAAUAGAUUAGUGUAAACAAAGCAUUAAGGCGCUUUCCUGAUACAAAGCAACAGAUUUUAUGGCUCAGAUUCUAGUUACUUUUAUAUGACUGUAUUCUUGGUGGUCAUAAAUUCAAGGGCAAAAUUACAAACACAAGAUUAAGUGCAAAUGAACUCUAUUCACAUAAAGACCAGUAACGGAACUUGGUGGGGGCAGGCCCUGGUGCGGGCCAUGCAGCCGGGCCCGCCCCCACCCUCGUCUGCGUGAUUUUUCUCUGACGCUGCGGCUGACUCCAGCCGACUCCAGCCGACUCCAGCCGGCUGCAGCGUGCGAUCUACCGGGGCCCUGCGGGGGUGCGGGCCCUGGCCCAGUUGCACCCCCUGCUCCCCGGUAGUUAUGCCCCUGAAAAAGACGCUUGCCCCAUACAUGCUCCUAGCAACGACUGGCGAGAAGCAACCAUCCGCCUGUCCAGCCUGCUCAGAUGAAUAGCAUAUAAAUACGGGUAUGGGACCUGUUAUCCAGAAUACUUGGGACCUGGGGUUUUCCAGAUAAUGGAUAUUUCUGUAAUUUGGAUCUUCAUACCUUAAGUCUACUAGAAAAUCAUGUAAACAUGAAUUAAACCCAAUAGGAUUGUUUUGCCUCUGAUACUGAUCCAUUAUAUCUUAGUUGGGAUCAAGUACAAGGCACUGUUUUAUUUUUACAGAGAAAAAGGAAAGCAUUUUUAGAAAUUUGGAUAAAAUGCAGUCUAUGGGAGACGGACUUUCUGGAUAACGGACUUCCGGAUAACGGAUCCCAUACCUGUACACGCAUGGAGGCCAGGCAACCAUGAAACUACUGGCAGGCUAGAAUCUGCAAUAAUGCUGGUAUUCUAGAGAAAAAAAUGUGCAUUUGGUUAAAAAGACAAAGACAUCUUGCACUUUAUCUGAAGCACAUUUUUACAAUACUGUAAAUUUUAAAGCUCAGUGUCAUUUAUAAACACUAGGCCGAUUUGCGCCGGGGCAGUAACCCAUGGCAACCAAUCAGAUUCUUGCUUUCAUUUUUCUACCUGCGACUGGCUGAAAAAAAAAACCUAAUCACCUAUUGGUUGCUGUGGCUUAAUGCUUAGGGGCAGGGAUAUGUUAGGGAUCAUGGCAUCUGUGUAGGUAAUAUGGAAACUGCCCAGUACAGGUAUGGGACCUGUUAUCCAGAAUGCUCGGGACCUGGGGUUUUCCCGCAUAACGGAUAUUUCCGUAAUAUGGAUCUUCAUACCUUAAAUCUACUAAGAAAAUCAUAUAAACUUUAAAUAAACCCAAUAGGCUGGUUUUGCCUCAAAUAAGGAUUAUUAUAUCUUAGUUGUGAUCAACUAAAAGCUACUGUUUUAAUUAUUACAGAGAAAACAGAAAUCAUUUUUAGAAAUUUGGAUAAAACAGAGUUUAUGGCAGAUGGCCUUCCAGUAAAUCGGAGCUUUCUAAAUAAAGGGUUUCCGGAUAACAGAUCCCAUACCUGUACUAACAAAAAGUGCAUAAAAAGGGAUUUUUUUAGGGAUGAUAGUAUCCCCUUCCAGUUCAGCAGCAGAGAGAGAACAAUCACUUAGUUUUGCUUUCUAUAGAGAAUUAGCCAGGGUGUUCUGCAACUCCUCGUUUUAUUCUGGUUUGUUUCUAUACUGUUUGUAAUGUACAGUUUUUUGUAACUACGCUAAAGAACAAAUAAGAGGGACUUUGUUUAGAGCCAGAAUGUAUAUUUGAACAAAAACAAAUUAUGUAAAAAAAUUGUUUGUUUUUUUUUGCUUUCCUGAAAAUUUCACAGCUAAACCAGAGGGGGAAUGAUUAACCCUCGCUUUGCCACUCUUCUGAUCACUUCUGUUAUUGAAUUCAGAGAAAAUGAAGCAGGAUUGCACGGCAGUGCUAUAUACAUUAUAUAUAUUUACUGAAUCAGCGGGUUUUUACAUUCUAAGCUGCACGAAAAUAAAAUAUAUUCUUCAUUCUAAAGGCAUAAUAAAUAUAUAGCUAUGUAUAGUCCUACAAAUAGCAAUACAGGGUUAUUUUAGAAUAUUGCCAGAGACUCUAUUUUGUGAUGUAGUUGUUUUCCGGAGCAAUGGAAUAUGGCAGUCUGCAUGUUCAGCUUCUCACACUUAAAAGGAUAAUGCACUUUUCGCACCCACUCAAAAAUGCCCUUCUAGUGUAACUGCAACUCCCAGCAUCUCUUAAUAGCCUUAUGAUUUUCAAGGCAUGCUGGGAGCUGAUGUGGAGCAAGAGCUGGAGACCCAUUGGUCGGACAUGCUUAAAAGAAAGCAAUUUUAGUAUAUAAUAGUAUUAUAAACAGCAGAUCAAAUUCUUUGAGAUCAUUUAUAUGAAAAGUGUGCAAAUAUAUGUGCCAACUGAAGACCAGGCUGAGGCUCAACAACACUAUCCACUUGUACAUCACGUGCAAAUUCUGUGCAAAACAACUAACCCCCCCUCUUUUUUUUAAUGAUUUGCACUCAUUUGAGAUCUGUGAUGAGUAUUCUCUCAAACUGAUGUUUUUACACCAUGUUCUCUGUGUUCUGCAAUAAAAUGCAAUGCAUAAAACAUG